CAGCGACCAGUGGCAGCGCAAACAGGAGCUGGGAAACCUUAAUCAUGAAUCAUGAGACCACCAUUAUCGCACUGUAAGUAACCUACUACACGACUAGGUCAGGAGGAUGUUGUUUCUUCACAAUACACAGAUUUCGAGUUGACGACUUUCACUUUUUUUUUGUAAAACUACGACGCCAUAGUGACCACAACAGAUUUCGAGUUGACGACUUUCACUUUUUUUUUUCUAGAACUACGACGCCAUAGUGACCACAACUUCGUAGCGGCACAUCCUCAACAUCCUGAUGAAAUAUCAAGAGUAAGUAAGUACAUCACCAAACAAAACAAGUAACGACAAAGGAUGUUACCUGCGACGUUACUGACGGAUGACCCAACUGCCAGUCAGUCGAUGAUACGGGACUUGGAGUUCAUCCAACAACAUCAUCACAAAUUCUACUCACAACUCGAGAUCGAAAGUGCGGAUGACCAUGAGGCUUUCUUUUGGCUCGCAAGCAAGAGGCAACCGAAUCGGCGAUUGAGGCUGUCGUUGAGUGCUCAGACAGCGUUCACGGUUAUAGAUUAUGCCGACCACAGAGGAUUACUCGUAGUAGUUAAAUAUAUGAGGCUCGUGAAGAAGACGGGUUGAUUUACGUCCUUGAAGCAGCUUCAACAAUGAGAAUGAUGUUCAUGCUGCAUUCACUUUUUCUAGUCAUGGAAUAAAGAUGAUAAGCUUAAGCAAAGACCUCAUCCUACUCCUACACGACGAUUAGCAGUUAUAUCCAAACCCACCACCUGAAGUUGAAGAUACGACUUAUUUUUUUCUCGCCCUCCUUGUUCAUUCGGAAGACCCAGAAAACAAGUUGCUAGGUCGACAAUUCGAAUCGUUUGAGCAGGUGAUGAGCGCACUCGACGAGGGUGAUUUCGGCGACUUACUCUGUGGCUUAGCGGCAGCAAAACUCGCUGAAAUGGGCGCUGUGGACGAUGCAGAAGAGGACAACUCCUUUGAAGAUGGCAGAGAUUAAGGCUCACCUUUCAAUGGUCAUUAGGGUUGGUCAGUCACUGAGAUCGAAGAGGCGACCCCUUCUUGAGAGAAGCAACAGGGGAAAUAAACGAACGGAAAGGGGAGAGCUUUGAAGGGGGUCUCUUCCGUUCAGAGUCAUGAUGACCACUUCUGACUGCUGAGCUUUAAAGAGAGUUGCGCGAACAACAACAGAUCACGGGUUUAGGAGGUUUGAAUGCCGGGUUUGGACAGGUGAUAGAUGAUGAGGAUCCCAUGGCGGACUGAAGAGGCCUACUUCUAGCUCUUUUGCUAAUAUCGGAUUAAUUUUAGAGCCAAAGAAUCCGAAAAGAGCCAUCAUGCCUGACACCUGAAUGUCAUAUUUUCGCAGCAAACAAGAUGAAGAAGUCGUCUUUCAGCUUGGCUAUAGCAGUCAUUUUCAAUCCUCGAUCCUCUAAUACAUUCUUUCGUGAAGUCAUUCAAUGAACGAUUAUACUAGCAAAAUGAGAUGACACUAGAAAAAUCGCAUUGAAGAUGUUGUUGGCCUUGAGCUGAACCUACGUCGAAGGUGUACACAUCAUACGUAGAAGUUGAUACUACUACUUGCACAGAACAAAUCUUCACUUCAAGCUAUGGGCUCCUGACUUUAUCUAGACAGUUUCUAGUAACUGUUUCAGGUUCAUCUCGUGUUUUCGACUUCGGUGGUCAGGCGGACUAGACGCGGAGCGAUCAAUCUAUAAUCUCAGUGGUCGAGUAUGGCAAUGUUUGCAUGUUACUAGUGAUCAUAAUUAUGAUGGAAGAUUUUUUUGUGCCGUAAGAAUAAGAUCUCUACUCAAGUAGAUCCUCUUCCUUCGGGGCCAGAACAAAACGCGUUGAAGAAGAAGUGACGAUCGCGUUCACGAUCUGCUGAUGGAUCACCUUCAUCGUCCAUGAGAGUCAGAGUAUG